AUGAGUCCAUUCUGCGUUAUCGCGACGCCUGAGCACACCUCCAAAUCAUGUCCAUGCUCGCUUGUUAGGUACGGCCUCCGAUUGGCAGACCGAAGGCGCCAGGUCAGAGUUGCCUGA